AGGUAAACGGUGUUGAUGAAUGCGAAAGGCGCCAGCCACCUCUGUAAAAAGAAGAGUAAGGAGCAAGGAGUAGGGAUAUACUAUUAUAUAUUCGUUUGGCUCCUGCAUUUUAUUGUCUGGGCUCCGCUAUAUACAGAACAUUUUUUUUGUGAAGCACCGAAAACAACCUAGAGAACCCGAAAAAUGGGAAAGAAGAGACAGAAGAAAGCAGAGCAACAAGAAAACCCUAGUGUGGCUGAAGCUACUCGGAUUCGAAUUUCCCAAAUACUAGACCAGUUCCGUGCUGCUAAAGAUCAAGUUUACACAUUUGAAGCUAAUUUAUCAAACCGUGAACGUGCUGUGGUGCAUGAAGUAUGCAAGAAAAUGGGUAUGAAAUCCAAGAGUUCUGGGCGUGGGAAUCAGCGAAGAGUCUCUGUUUACAAGAAUACAAAGAAAGCAGACACUGCAAAGGCAAAGGAAAAUCUCACAUGUUUGAAAUUUUCAGAAGAAUCAAAACUCGUCUUGCAAGAAUUAUUUGCAAACUACCCACCUGAGGAUGGAGAGUUUGGUGCAAAAGUAGUUGGAAAUCGUAAAGGAAAGGAUAGUAAAGUACGAGGAAUGAAAGAUGAUAUCUUCAGUAUGCCUUCAAUGACCAAAGAAGAUAUAAAAAAGAAAGUGGAAUCGCUGAAUUCUAGAAUAGAAAAGGCUGCAAACUUAAGACAGAUUGUUGAAGAGAGAUCUAAGCUUCCAAUUGCAUCCUUUAGGGAUGUCAUCACUUCCUCUGUAGAUUCUCACCAGGUUGUUCUUGUAUCUGGUGAGACUGGGUGUGGAAAGACUACACAGGUCCCACAAUUUCUAUUGGAUCAUAAGUGGGGAAAAGGCGAGGCCUGUAAAAUAGUCUGCACACAACCUCGUCGUAUCUCAGCAACAUCAGUUGCUGAGAGAAUAUCUUAUGAAAGAGGAGGAAACAUUGGAGAUGAUAUUGGAUACAAGAUUCGGUUAGAAAGUAAAGGUGGAAGAAACUCUUCAGUUGUGUUCUGCACAAAUGGGGUUCUACUGAGGGUGCUGGUUUCUAGGGGCACAACUCGGUCGAAGAGGGAAGCUUCUAAUAAAUCAGCCAAGGAUGAUGUUUCUAACAUAACUCACAUUAUUGUGGAUGAAAUUCAUGAAAGGGAUCGCUACUCAGAUUUCAUGUUGGCAAUUAUCAGAGAUAUACUUCCUUUGCAUCCUCAUCUUCGGCUGAUAAUGAUGAGUGCUACUCUUGAUGCUGAACGAUUUUCACAAUAUUUUGGUGGCUGCCCAAUUAUUUCUGUUCCUGGGUUCACUUAUCCUGUCAAAAGUUUCUACUUGGAGGAUGUACUAUCAAUCCUAAAAUCUGCAGAUAAUAAUCAUAUUGAUUCUGCUAUGCCAAGUGCCACGAAUAAAAGCCACGAGCUUACAGAAGACGACAAAGCUGCUUUAGAUGAAGCUAUCAAUUUGGCUUGGACAAAUGAUGAAUUUGAUCCCCUUCUGGAUUUGGUUUAUACUGAAGGAACCCCUGAGGUUUAUAAUUAUCAUGAUUCUUUGACUGGACUAACACCAUUGAUGGUAUUUGCUGGAAAGGGUAGAGUGGGUGAUGUUUGCAUGCUUCUCUCUGUUGGUGUGGAUUGUCAUUUACAGGACAAGAAUGGACUAACAGCAUUGGAUUGGGCCAAGCAAGAAAACCAGCAAGAAACUGCUGAAUUAUUAAAAGGACAUGUUGAAAGUGCCUUGAGUGACUCCCUGGAACAAAAACAAUUAGUUGACAAAUAUCUAGCAACAGUAAACCCUGAACUUAUUGAUGUUGUUCUUAUAGAGCAGUUAUUGAGGAAAAUAUGUAUUGAUUCAAAAGAUGGUGCGAUCCUUGUUUUCCUUCCUGGGUGGGAUGAUAUAAAUAAGACUAGGGAGAGGUUAUUUGCAAACCCAUUUUUCAAAGAUUCUUCCAGGUUUAUGAUAAUCUCUCUCCAUUCAAUGGUUCCAUCUAUGGAACAGAAGAAAGUUUUCAAACGGCCACCUCAGGGUUGCCGCAAAAUCAUUCUUUCAACUAACAUUGCUGAAAGUGCCAUUACAAUUGACGAUGUUGUGUAUGUCAUAGAUAGCGGCCGAAUGAAAGAAAAAAGUUAUGAUCCUUAUAACAAUGUAUCAACCCUUCAGUCUUCCUGGGUAUCCAAAGCAAGUUCAAGGCAGCGCGAGGGUCGUGCAGGUCGUUGUCAGCCUGGGAUAUGCUAUCAUCUUUUUUCGAAGCUUCGAGCAGCUUCUUUGCCAGAUUUCCAAGUUCCUGAAAUUAGGAGAAUGCCCAUUGAAGAACUCUGUUUGCAAGUGAAGUUGAUUGAUCCCAACUGUAAGAUAGAAGAUUUCCUGCGGAAGACACUGGACCCUCCAGUUCCUGAAACCAUACAUAAUGCAAUCAUUGUUCUCCAGGAUAUUGGGGCUUUAUCAGUAGAUGAACAAUUGACAGAACUAGGAGAGAAGCUAGGCUGCCUACCUGUUCAUCCAUUGACAAGCAAGAUGCUUUUUUUUGCAAUAUUGAUGAAUUGCCUUGACCCAGCUUUGACAUUGGCAUGUGCCUCUGACUAUAGAGAUCCAUUUACCCUUCCUGUGUUGCCUAAUGAAAAGAAGAGAGCUAAUGCUGCUAAAUUUGAUCUUGCUUCAUUGUAUGGCGGAAACAGUGAUCAGCUAGCAGUUAUUGCGGCCUUUGAGUGCUGGAAAAAUGCUAAAGGAAGGGGUCAAGAAGCAUGGUUUUGUUCUCAGUACUUUAUCUCUUCAAGCACCAUGAACAUGCUGCAUGGUAUGCGUAAGCAGCUUCAGUCAGAACUAAUUCGUAAUGGGUUCAUUCAGGAAGAUGUCUCACGUUAUAGUACAAAUGCACAUGACCCUGGAAUACUCCAUGCUGUGCUUGUUGCUGGUUUGUAUCCUAUGGUGGGGAGAUUCCUUCCACCUAGAAAUGGGAAGCGUUUUCAUGUAGAAACUGCAACUGGUGCUAAAGUUCGGUUGCACCCUCAUUCGCUUAUUUUUAAAUUAUCUUUUAAGAAAACUGAUGAUUGCCCUUUGAUUGUAUAUGAUGAAAUAACCCGUGGGGAUGGGGGUAUGCACAUAAGGAACUGUACUGUGGUUGGGCCACUCCCAUUGUUAUUGCUUGCAACUGAGAUUGUAGUUGCUCCUCCGGAGGACGAUGAUGAGGAAGAUGAUGAGGGUGAUGAUGAUGACAAUGAUGGAAGUGAUGCUGCAGGUGAAGAUGAAAGUGAUGAGGAUGAGAUGGAAACAGAUGGCAAAUUGGGUGGAAACAAUGUUGAAAAAAUAAUGUCAUCUCCUGAUAAUUCAGUUACAACAGUUGUGGACCGCUGGCUUUAUUUUGGGUCAACAGCCCUUGAUGUUGCUCAGAUUUACUGCUUGCGAGAGCGAUUAUCAGCAGCAGUCUUAUUCAAAGUACAACAUCCUCGGGAAGUACUUCCUCCUGCCCUUGAGGCCUCGAUGCAUGCAAUUGCUCAUGUUCUUUCUUAUGACGGGCUCUCCAGUGUAGCAUUACCUUCAGAAUCUGUAGACUCGCUGACAUCAAUGAUCCGUGCAACUGGGAUUGACAACUCGGCUCCAGGGAGGAGGAGAGGUCCAGGCCAGAAUUCAAAUGGCUUCCUUAAAUCACUGAUGAGCCAUAACACACAGCAUGCAACUCCACAUUAUCACAGAGCUAGAUUACAGGGAUUCAAGGGAAAAUCAUACGGAAAUGGGACGUCAAGCCAAGAUGUAGGUAAGAUCCCCCAUCAAAGGCCUCCAAUGCGAGGUCCCAAUGCAGUUGGUUACAAUUCAGGUACUUGCGAACAAUGGAAUCCCAGGGGUGAUUCCUCUAAGCGGCAGCGCGGAAAUGCAUCCAAGAAGCAAUAAUGUAUCAUUUAGUUCAAAUUGUAUAUUGUAUGCCGGAAAAUCCAUCUGCCUGCUGCCUGCUGCCUGCUGCCUUUUGUUAGAAUGGACGGGCUUUUUUUAUCUGACCUCAUUAAUCAAACGAGUUAAUUUCAGCUUGAUUUACUCUAAAUGCUUGUAGUUUAGACAGUGGUCAAUAGGAAAUUGUUCACGAGAGCAAAUAUUUUUGAAAUGAGUGCCUAGUUACUAGAGA